AUGGCGCAGCGCGGCUCUGGCUUGGCGGCGCUGCUGCUGCCCGAACUUCCGGACCUCCCAGAUCCAGUCGAGUUCCUGGACGUCGUCGAGCUUGCAGCCGCGGUCGCCGACGGCGCCAUGAUCGUCGACGUGCGCUCGGAGGAGGAGCGAGCAGAUGGCUUCCUCGCCGGCAGUUUCCACGUCCCGUUCGAGCCACGGCGGAAGCAACAGGAGCGGACAGCCCAGGGCGGGCAUGACACGCCCUCGCUGGGGAGCCUGGCCGAAGUCGUCGGCGGUCGGAGCCCCUGGCUUCCAUGCUUUGUGUCACCCCCUGGGGCUGCUCGCCCCUUUUGCAGCCGCCGCGAGCACUGGGACCCGGACGACCUGCACGAGAGCGCCCGUGAGGUGGCGGAGCUGGCAGCUGGCAGCGGAGCCCUCUGCGUGUUCCACUGCAUGUACAGCCGCGAGCGCGGCCCGCGCGCGGCGCAGGUAGCGCUGGAGCUGCGGCCGACCCUGCGCGCCGCGGUGCUGCGCGGCGGCUUCCAGCGGGCGCUGACGCAGCUGUGGGACGGCUAUCCCGGGUCGGACGGGAGUCAGCUGUCGGCAGCCAUCCCGCGGGGACGGCUGCGUGGCCGCCGCCCCGCUCCGCUCCGCCCUCUGCCGAGCGCCCUGAGCCUCGGCGAGUGGCCCGCGGCGUAG